AUGACCUUUACGGGCUACAACCAAGCUCAGUCCUUUACAAGAGGGUCCACUUGCGCCUCUCGCACUCAGACAAUCCUUGCAAGGGGUCUGUUAGUCGACUCAGGUUGGAAGCUCGACCCUCCGCAUCUGUUAAUCCAGCAAGAAAAGCAUCGCUUCUUUUUUGGCUGGGAUUCAUUGCCUCAAAAAGUUCAUGUGGCUUCUAUCGCCAAACUCUUCCAUGUAGGAAACGCCUCCCCUAAAGAGCAAACGGCAAAAGGUGUCCAACAUGCGCGGUAUGGACCGUACAAUUGCUCAUAG